CCGGCUGAGGAGGGGACACGCACCGUGUUGCUCACUCACUCGCACACUCACACGACCGCCGACAUGGCCGGCUGGGGCACCUUCUUCUUCUCCCUCCUCAACUACAAGACGGAAAAGUACGUCAUCGCCGAGAACAGGCGGAUCGGAAUACUGUUUCGAAUCUACCAAUUGGCCGUGCUGGGAUACAUAAUCGGGUGGGUGUUUGUGAUGAGGAAGGGCUACCAGGAGAGAGAGGAGGCCAUCCAGUCGUCCGUCAUCACCAAGCUCAAAGGCGUCACGCUCACCAACAGCUCUGAGAGCGGCCUUCGCCUGUGGAGUGCCGAGGACUGUGUCAUUCCACCGAGUGGAGAACAGGUUUUCUUCGUGGUAACAAAUUACAUCGAGACCCCCGAUCAGAGGCUGGGCUUCUGCGCCGAGAGUUUCAAGGUGCCAAAUGGCCAAUGCCUUAGCGAUGAUGACUGCAUCGAGGGGGAGACUGUCGUAGCGGGGCACGGAAUUAAAACAGGCUUGUGUAUAAACAGCACCGGGACCUGCGAGAUUCGUGCCUGGUGUCCUGUAGAAUACAGCAAGAGACCCGCAGUGCCGCUCCUGAGCGAAGCCGAAAACUUCACCAUUUACAUCAAGAACUUCAUCCGGUUCCCGAUGUUCGAAUUCUCCAAGUCCAACGUUCUCGACAGCGCCGAUGACGGCUACUUGAAAAGAUGCUCCUACGACCGAGUGAACCAUCCUUACUGUCCCAUCUUUCGCCUCGGAGAUCUGGUCAAACGGGCUGGACACGACUUUCAGGACAUGGCUGCCAAGGGUGGGUCUGUUGGUAUCCUAAUUGAGUGGAAUUGUGAUUUGGACAAGGACUACUCUCAGUGUAAUCCACAAUACAGCUUCACCCGUUUGGACAUCAACUUGAACAACUCUGUUUCACCGGGAUACAACUUCAGAUAUGCCAGAUACUAUAAGGAUGAAAAUGGGGAAACCUUUCGCACUUUGUAUAAAGUAUAUGGAAUUCGCUUUGACAUCAUGAUCAAUGGCCAGGCUGGAAAAUUCAAUAUCAUUCCCACAAUAAUUGCCAUUGGCUCCGGUGUUGCUCUUCUCGGAAUAGGAGCCUUUGUGUGUGAUAUGAUCCUGCUGUACAUGAUGAACACAAGCUCCUUCUAUCGAAACAAGAAGUUCGAGAUCAUCAAUUUCAAGAAAGAGCGGAACUCCAUCAGGGAGCGGAAGGGUCGGGAAAGGAAAUCCAGGAAAUUAGCGGCUGUCAACUCAAUGAAAAACACGGCGGAUAUUGAAGCCUUAGAGGCUGAGAACAAGCCACCUGAGGACAAGCGGGGUCCCACCAUUCCACGCAACACGGGCCAGCGGUACGCCCUCGCUCGCCAGGGUGCGGAACCAAAGCAUCACAUCACAUUCGCGUCACGCAACUGAAAAUGCAAGACCGGUCUCAAGAGGCGGAACCCAAAAGUGGAACUCACUUCUCGCCUUGUUGACGUGACUGUCGCCUCGCCGCCUGCUCGAGUGAUUCUUUUGCCUCGACUGCAGAGAGACCAGCCGUGACAACUGCACCCGCGGCGUCGAUCGUCUCAACAUCAAUUUGGCAGCGGGUGGCAAGACAAAGGGAAACGCGCUGGAUUCAUUGACAUUGUUUUAGCCAAUCGCUCCUUGACAGCCUAUUUUUGCAUUGUGUUUCAUGGUGCCUGAGCGACAUUGGCAGCUGGUCACCUGAGCUGUAGAAAUUCUCAUUCAAACUGUAUUCACCCUCACGUUAUGUUGCCGGUCGAACCGAUCCAUUUUCAAGGCAAUUCGAAAAGAAAAUAGAGUGAAGCAGCGCCCUUGCGCCGCAAAAGGUCAUUCACUCCAGCAGCGCUUCUCUAAAAAGACUUUGCUAACUCUAAGUACCACCAUCAUGACCAACAUUAAAAUACUGUAGCGUAUUUAGUAGCGUUCAUCAAAAACAAAACAGCUUCUAUUCCUGAAGUAUAUUUCACAUUGUGAACCACUGUAACGUUAUGCAGUUUGACCAUUAGCCUGCACUAAAAUAUAGGCGAACCAAAAGCAGCAUUUAAAUAAUUACUAUAUUGAAAAGCAUCGCAUAUAGAAAUUGCACCUCAGUUUAAAGACAGUUCUUAAAGAGGAAACACAAAUUCAUUGUAUUAAAAUGUUAAACACAACUGAACGCUACCGAGUGAUUCGUUCGCAAAUCUCUCGUCGUGCUACCACGCUGAGAAUCGGUGCGCAAGAGAAGAAGACAAAGUAGCCGUGUUUAUAAUGGCGGAAACGGUUUCAAAUGCACAAUAUAUGCCACAAUCGGUGAUCCACCCCAAUACCUUUAUAGAAUUUCACUCAUCUUACAUUGCCCGUAAAAAUAAAGGGCUUACAGAUGCCGCCACUCGGCAAAAACAUACACAACCGGCAAAGACUCUCCAUAACGUCUGCUAACAACCCACGCUAAACUUCACCAUCAAAGAUGUUCUCUCCGUUAAGAUGUAUCACUUCAGCCUGCUUCCUCAACUCCACGUCCGACUUGAUUAGUCAGGGCUUUGGCACAAUCGUGUGGCAUCACAGAAAGAAAACCCCAAAACUUUUCCUUAUUUAACAUGGUCCAGGUCAAAUGGACCCAGCAACACGAUUGCUGUUCCUGAGAAAAUGAACAUAAGAGAGUUAACACAGCUUUCUUCCAUUUUUCUGAACUAUUCGCAGAAUUUACAGCAAAGUAUCAAUAGCUACAUGGUAUGACAAAGUCCAUCAAUGAUAUUCCAUUUUUUGGGCACUUUCUGAAGUUAUACAAGUGGAGCAGCAUUAACGCUGAUAAUUCUGAAACAUUUAUUUAAGUCACAGGUGGGCAACGUUUGGGCUGCAAGGCCGCACUGACAAGUUACAUGAUCAGGAGUCCUGUCCUAUUUAUUUGCAAUAACGUUGCCUUUUUCAACCUAAAAUUGGUCAAAUGAAAUUUCCAUUUCAUGAAAUCUUUUUUUUUUUUUUUUUAAAUAAUUGGUUAUAUUUUACAUUGAACAAUUGUGUUUAGAAAUUCUUUUUGUCAGGAGUAUAAGUUGUUUCAAGAUAAAAAAAAAAAAAAAAAAACCUCAUUUUUCAACCUCAUCUACAAAUGACUUGCCCCAUCUGUCCAAUGUAGCCACCAUACUUGCCCAGCCCUCAUUUCAAUGCCUUGUCGCCACGAUUCAUGUAAUGAAUUCAACCGCUAAGCGAUCUGCCUCGUAUUGUGUGCUCCUGUUAAAUUGUGAGCGUAUUCCUACUUAUUUCAAAGGUCUUAU